AUGUCAAAUGGACAGUCCUCUACAGCAGAACAGUCCUGUACAACACAUCAGAAAUAUGACCCACAGCAAAUCUCUGAUAGAACAUUUUUCAUGGAUGCUUCUAAUCAGAACCUGGCUACCAUUCCAUCGGAGAUCUUGGAAUUACAAGAAUUAGAAGAAGUGCAUCUGGAAAACAACGAGAUUGCAGAAAUUCCUCCGAAUAUUCAGUGUUUAAAGAAUGUCAAAAUUCUCUACCUGAACAAGAACAAGCUGAGCAAGCUGUGCCCCCAGCUGACAAAGCUGGACAACCUGGAGGACCUGGACCUGAGCGACAACCCCCUCCUCCCCUCCUCCCUUCUGGUGGUCAGCUCCCUGCGCGCGCUGCGCCAGCUCCGCCUCUACCGCACGCACUUGAGGGAAGUCCCCAUCAAAAUCUGUAAACUCCUCCACCACCUCGAGCUGCUCGGACUGUCCGGAAACUACCUGAAAUCUCUGCCCAUGGAAAUCGUGAACCAGACCAAACUGAGGGAGAUCUACCUGAAGCAAAACCAACUUGAAGCUUUCCCGCUGGAGCUCUGUGUCCUCUACAACCUGGAGAUCAUUGACCUGGAUGAGAACAGAUUAACGGCCAUUCCCGAAGAGAUUGGGAACCUGACCAGUCUGCAGAAGUUCUACGUGGCUCAUAACAGCCUAUACGCUCUACCCGAGUCUCUGUGCCGGUGUAGCAAACUGUCGGUGCUGGAUUUAUCCCACAAUCGGCUCCACUUCAUCCCACACACCCUGGAGGAGCUUUCGGAGAUGACCGAGAUUGGGUUGAGCGGGAACCCCCUGGAGAAGGUGCCGCGCCUCGUCUGCAGGUGGACCUCGCUGCACCUGCUCUACCUGAGCAACAUCGGCCUGCAUGUGCUGCGGCGCUCCUUCUGGCGUCUGGUCAACCUGCGCUUCUUGGAUCUCAGUCAGAAUCAUCUGGAAAGCUGUCCGUCGCAGAUCUGUACACUGAAGAAACUGGAGAUCCUGGCGCUGGAUGAUAAUAAAAUACAGCAGCUACCUUCAGAUUUUGGCUCACUUUCAAAGUUGAAGAUGCUUGGAUUAACUGGGAAUCAGUACCUUUCAUUUCCAGAAGAAAUCUUUUCUUUAGAGUCUUUAGAGAAAUUAUUCAUUGGGCAAGAUCAGGGAGUCAAGCUCACCUAUGUGCCAGAUCACAUUGGGAAACUACAGAAUCUUAAAGAGCUGUAUAUAGAGAACAACCACCUGGAAUACUUGCCAGUAGCCUUGGGGUCAAUGCCUAAACUGGAAAUUCUCGAUUGCCGCAACAAUCUGCUUAAGCAACUUCCAGAUGCCAUCUGCCAAGCCCAAGCUUUGAAAGAAUUACUGCUUGAUGACAACCUGCUCACACAACUUCCAGAGGAUUUAGAUUGUCUCGUGAAUCUGAAGGUGUUGACGCUGCUGGACAAUCCGAUGGAAGAACCCCCAGUGGAAGUGUGCAUCCAAGGCAAAGAGGCCGUAUUCACAUACCUGAAGGAGAAAAGAGAGAUGAAAAUAUUCGCAACAAAGAUUCAGGCAUGGUGGCGUGGAAUGUUGGUACGGAAAGGACUGGGGAAACUUGAUGAACUGUUAAAAUUACGGAAGAAAGGAAAGAAUUCUCCAAAAGAUAAGAAAGGAAAGAAGGAUGCAAAAGGAAAACCUGUAAAGGAAAAGAAGAAAUAA